AGGAGUGCUGGGGCGGGUGGCGGAGGUGGAAGAGGAAUGAGUCAGUGCCCGUCACGGGAAUGGGGGAAAGACGCCAGGCCCAGAGCUGAAAUACCUGUUCUGAAAUGGCUUCUAUGUUUAUCUCUCCAGAGAGGAAUUUUAAAAGCCUCUCCCUCACUGGCGCUCUCCUCCUCCCCCUCCCCGGUGGGGGAGGGGCCCGGGUGCUCGCCGCCCCCAGGCCGGGCCUCCGAGGGCGCCCGCCGACCGGGCAGGGGGUGCCACCCCCACCCCCACCCCGACCAGGCCGCUCGGCCGAGCUCUUGCCCCUCCCCCACCCGUGCCGGGGCCCGGGUUUGAAGCGGGUUGGCGGCCGGCCGCGCCGGGGGAAUCCGGAGGGGCCGACCGGCUGGGGGUGGGGUGGGGGGCGGGUGGGAGGCCCCUCCCCCGCCCGGACCCCUCCCCGCGGCGCCUGGAGCCAGGUGUCUGGGGCCGGAGGGCGGAGCCGGGCCGGAGCCGCGGGGGCCCCGGGGAGGGCGCUGGCCGCACCUGGGGCGGCCUCCGCCGGGCCGAGAGCCCCAGCGUUUCUGGAGCUCCUUCCGCGGAGGUUCCGGAGCGAGGACUACACAGUACACGUCCGGCUCAAUGACUACCUGGACAUCAUCUGCCCGCAUUACGAGGACGACACCGUGGCGGCCGCCGCCAUGGAGCGGUACACCCUGUAUCUGGUGGAGCGUGAGCAGUACCAGCUGUGCCAACCCCAGUCCAGGGACCAGGUCCGCUGGCAGUGCAACCAGCCGAGCGCCAGGCACGGCCCGGAGAAGCUGUCGGAGAAGUUCCAGCGCUUCACGCCCUUCACCCUGGGCAAGGAGUUCAAAGAGGGACACAGCUACUACUACAUCUCCAAACCCAUCCACCACCAGGAAGACCAGUGCUUGAGGUUGAAGGUGAUCGUCAGUGGCAAAAUCACUCCCAGUCCUCAGGCCCAUGUCAAUCCACAGGAAAAGAGACUUCCAGCAGAUGACCCAGAGGUACAGGUCCUACACAGCAUCGGGCACAGCGCUGCCCCCCGCCUCUUCCCACUUGCCUGGGCUGUGCUGCUUCUGCCGCUCCUGCUGCUGCAAACCCCAUGAAGACAUAGGCCACACCUGGCCUGAGGAUUUAGAACUGGGCCGAGGAGGCAGGAUGGGCACCCUCACCUGUUCGGGGACCCCUCCCACGGCCCCAGUCCUCCUGGGAACCAUUCCCACCACAUGCACAAGCUGCCUUCCAGCAGCCUCAAAACGGGUAUCAAGAGUUUCAACCCAAAGGGGGUCGGCAAGCCUGGUAGUGCCAUCACUGCCUCCACCUCGAGGGAUGGACAGGGGAGUGGGGAUAGGCCUUCCCCCACCAUUUCUGCCCUUAAGCCAAAGGAACAAGCUGUGCAAGAUGUGGCCUCUUGAGAAGGCCGAGCUGGAGGGAGCCUGCGGUCAUACAGAUGGACACUGAGCUUGGCAAAGAUGCCCCUCCAGAGAGAGCCAGGAUGCCCAGAGGCACUGGCUGCAGGAGGAGUGUGAGACAGUUUCAUGCCUGGGAACCAGAGACGGGAGAAGCAGCGCGCUUGGGCUGAUCCAGCAUCUCCCCAAGACUUCCGGAAGUCUUUGGAGCUGCCGGGGAGAGGGCUGCAGCCAAGCACUGCGUCCCGUCCUCUCCCAUCUGAGGGUAGCACUCCGCAGAGCUGUGCCAGCAGGGGGGCUGUGCCAACCUGUGUCUAGAGUUUAGGUGUAGGGGCAGGGCCCACGUGGACAGGAUCUGUAUAUAAACUUGAUGUGUGUCUGUGAUUUCUACAACUGGACUUUUUUUAUACAAAUAAUAAAACAACGUGUUUAUUUGGA